GGGCGGGACUUCCGGUCUUCCCUGCAGUGGAGUGGUGAAGCGGGUCCUGCCCGUGCCGGUUUUGAAAGGCUGCUGUGCUGUUUGCGUUUUCUCUUAAUAGUUAAGUUGCUGCUGUCUCCGCUUUCCUUUUACCUGGCGGGGAUCUUGGUCAAAACACUCCCUGCGACCUUAUUCCUCUAGGGUUGUGAUUUUUUUCUUUCAUCAAGAAAUAUCACCUGUUGGUAAUUUGUCAAACUCAAGAAACCCCUGGAGAAGCAGUCGUUGGCAGGCGCGGAGGCUGCGGCUUCCAGAGCAUUUUGGCAAAUCAAAGCCAGGGACCGUUGCUGGGCCUCAUUUCCGCAACUUUUCGGCUGGGAACUGCUUCUUUGACUUAGAAGGACAUCUUAUUCUGCCAUAGUAAUGGCAGCCGAACUGCGAAUGGUACUUUAUGAAGAUGAUUCAGUACAAGUACAAUAUGUUGAUGGUUCCACGUUGCAACUUUCUCCCUGUGGCUCUGAAUUUUUAUUGGAAAAGUCACCUCCUGUUUCAGCACAUCCUUUAGAACAACCAGAAAGAAUUCGUCAAAGGACACAUUUUGUCAUUAGCACUUACAGAGAGCAACUACAGCGAGCCCUAGAUUUUCGAAACUCUUCAGCUACUUACCCUUUUUUAUCUGAAACCAUCAUACCUUCUGAAAGAAAAAAGCAUAUCUUCAUUGACAUCACAGAAGUGAGAUGGCCCAGUCUUGAUACAGAUGGUACCAUGAUAUGUAUGGAGAGUGGCAUUGUGAAGAUAACAUCUUUAGAUGGUCAUGCAUACCUCUGCCUGCCCAGAUCUCAGCAUGAAUUUACAGUACAUUUUUUGUGUAAAGUUAGCCAGAAGUCAGACUCAUCUGCAGGGUUGUCAGGAACAAAUAAUAAAGCCCCAAAAGAUAAACUAGUUGAAAAAGCUGGCAAAAUCUGUAUACAUGGAAAUUUAUCAGGACAGAGACUGAAGAAUAAAGAAAAUGAGCUUCAUUGCCAGAUCAUGAAAUCCAAAGAAACUUUAAAGAAGAUGAGUUGUGUAAAUGGAACUGAAGGGAGGAAAGAGCUGCCUUUGCCUGGUACAAAGCACACAUGUGUAUACACAUGGGUCAAGCAGUGCUGGUCUGUGGCUGCCUGUCCAGAGGAAUGGAAAUAUCCUUUGUCUUUAGCACUUCAUUUUCAUAAGAAAAUCAACAAUAUGUCUAAAAUUGAUGCACAUAUAACUCAGAGUAGAUGUUUAACUUCUGAUAUUUCAGAGGAAAGAGGAAAAAUGGUUUCUGUUCUUCCCAGGGCCCUGCCACUCAGCUGUCCAGUUCCACACCUGCACAGGUGGAAUUUUUGGGAUUCACUUUUACAGAGACAAUGCGAUGAAUAUUCCUAUCCUGAACAAGUAAAAAUGGUUUGGUACAAAGGUGUUACAUAUAGACUUACCCAUCAAAAUAUGAACUCAAUAGAGAUUUAUCCUGGAGAUGGAUCUGUUUUCAAAUCAGAAGGGGCUUAUUUUGGGAAAUAUUUUACAUAUUAUUCCAUUCAAGAAGGAUCAGAAGAGAGAGAAGAGAAAACUUACUCAGUAAAUAACCUUCCUCCAGAUAGACCAGGAAGUCCAUUCUCUGUUGGUUCUCUAAUUAAACAGGCAACAAGAAUUCUUCAACAUUGUGUGAAGAUGAGACUUUCUUUAAGCCAUAACUAUCGUAUAUGCUGCUGGAAAAUGGUACCUGGGAUAAAUGACAGCAAUAUACUGCCUUUGGUUUUGAAAGAGUCACUCAUACCCAGCGUGGGAAGAUUUCUUGCCUACUCUGAUGACAAAGUACAUGCUAUCUUUUUAGAUGGCAUUACUCUAACCCUAAAUUGGAAUUUCAGCUCUCCUAUUGAGAAGAGACAGGUAAAUCAAGGUCUUAACUUGGGUUGGUGUAAGUUAACUUUUCCUGAUGGACAAGAUCAGUUAAUUCAAAUUGAACACCCUGAACCAUAUGAAAGAUAUGUGACAACAGUAACAUCAUGGUGCAGGAGACUGUUCCAGACUAGUCCCAGGGAGAUGCCCACUCAUUCGUCAUCUUCUGUUCUCCAAGAAAAUUGGUCUGUUGCUUCUGAACUUGAAAAGAUACAGAAGUUUAACUUGCUACUAGAGAAUAGUGGUAUCCUAAACCAGAUUUCUAACAAGAAAAAUGAACAGUCUUCUGAUCAUUAUAAACCGGGAUCUUCAGAAACCUUGCUAGGAGAAGUUAAUGAAAACCGAGUAUCAAUAGCAUUGAAAAAAACCUCUGAAAUCCUUCACGAUAUUGACUGUCUUCUAUCAAACUCUAAAAAGUGAAAAAUGGAAUUAUUACAACAUAUUAUUAAAAUUUUUAAGGAUGUUGUUUCAAGUGACUGGUAUAAAAUUACUAGUAAGCCAAGAUAUUGUACGUAUUACCCCUACACAAUGAUUGUGAAAGAACUGACAUUUAACUUUGAAGGUAUUUUUAUUUAAUUUGUACAUUUUUAAAAUAUGUAUUUGUAUUUUAUUAAUAAAUAACUAUCUUGAAGUUUUGAACUGUUU